AAAUGACAGUCGAUGAAAAGCCCUAUUGUGGCAAUGUGACAGAGGUAAUGUGUAACGUGUUACUUUUUUAAGUUUGAUUUACAUAUUGUACUAAUUUUAAAGUUCUAAAAUACAAAGAAUGGCAGAAAAAACUAUAAAAGACAAAACAAUAACAUCAUUAUAUGCAGAGUUAAAUAAAUUUAAUCAAAAUGGGGAAUACGAAAGGUCUUUGAAAACAUCAAAUAAAAUUCUGGGUGUGGCUCCACAUGAAUUUUUAGCUUUCCAGUGUAAAAUGGUGUGUCUUAUUCACCUAUCACGUUUUGAGGAAGCCAUUUCUUUGAUGAACAAAAAUCCACAAUUUUUACAGGAAGUAAUAUUUGAAAAAGCUUAUAGUUACUAUCGUGUUAAUAAACCAGAAGAAGCUUUAAAAACAAUUGAAUUAAGUGAGAAUGAACUGGAUUUCCGUUGCAAGGAAUUGAAAGCUCAGAUUUUGUACAGACUUGAACAAUAUGAUAAUUCUGUCUCUAUAUACAGAGACAUCAUUAAAAAUAUGCAUGAUGAUGAUUAUGAUGAUGAACGGUACACCAAUUUGAGUGCUGCAAUGGUUCAUCUGAAGAAUGAAAAUGCGAUGGAUACAAUUAACGAAUUUGUUGAGAACACUUAUGAACAGUGUUAUAACAAAGCAUGUUUAUUAAUUGAAUAUGAAAACUAUUUAGAGGCUGAAAAGAAACUCAAGCAGUGUGAAAAGAUGUGUAGAGAGAUGUUGGAGGAAGAUGAAACUACCGAAGAGGAAAUUGACAUUGAAUUGGCGCUUAUCAGAAUACAGUUAGCCUAUGUUUACCAAAAACAAGGAAGAACUAAGGAAAGCCAACUGCUUUAUACUGGAAAUUUAAAAUUAAAACUUGAUGAUAUUGCAUUAAUGGCUGUAGCUAGUAAUAAUAUUGCUUGUAUCAACAAAGACCAAAAUUUAUUUGAUUCCAAAAAGAAAAUGAAAGUGGCUCUCAAUGAUGGAUUGGUUUUUAAAUUGCCAUCGAAGCAAAGGAAACUAAUAGCUCUCAAUAACGCCAUUUUAAAUUAUUAUAUUAACCAGACUGAUCAAUGUGAAAAAGCAUGUAAGCUCAUUGAUGAAAGAUGGCCUGAAUUACAACUCCAAACUGCUACCAUUCGGGCUCUUAAUCUGAUAAAGGCUGAUAAAUCUAAAGAUGCUAUUGAUUUACUUAACAAGAUCAAAACUAAGGAUGAUAAUCUAUACAUAAACUUGAGUAUUGCCCAAAUCUACCUAAUGCAAGGCGAAAAAGCGGAAGCCUGUCAAAUAUUAGAAAAUCUUGGAGAAGCAAGAUACAAACCAGGUAUAGUAGGAGCUCUAACUACCCUGUAUUUAGGCAUAGGAAAAGAAGAUGUCGCACUUAAAGUAUUUGAAAAAACUGUAGAGUUCUACAAAAAAAAUAAUGUUAAGGGUGUAAAUCUCUCACAGUUAUGGAGGCAAGCAGCUGAAUUCCAUAUCAAAAAGGGUUUACCACAAGUAGCAGCAAACAGUUUGGAGGAAUUACUAAAAACUAAUAAAAACGAUUUAAGAUUAAUAGCUCAGUUAAUAUUGGGCUAUGCACAGUUUAAUGAGCCCAAAGCUGUAAAACUUGCAGCACAGUUAACACCUACAGAAGAAUUGGCAAAAGAAGUAGAUUUAGAUGCUUUGGAAGCAACUGCUCUUCCUACAAUCAGCUUUAACAAAAAGAGUCCUUCAUCUAAACAGGAGUCGUUACCAAGUACGCCUCGAGAUGAAAGUCAAAAGAAAACGAGAAAACACAAAAAACGUAAAGGAAAGUUACCCAAAAACUAUGAUGCACUGGUUGCACCAGAUCCAGAACGUUGGUUACCUAAAUAUGAGAGGACCGGCUAUAGAAAGAAAAGAGAUAGGAGAGCUAAAGAAGUUAUUAAAGGCUCUCAAGGAACUGCUUCUGGACAAGCUGAACAAUACGACUUCUCUAAAUUCGUUGAAGAUUCAUCAGACACUGCGAGUACAUCAGUGGAUCCCAGUCCAAGGCCUUCAUCUAAAUCUGCCCAAACUCAUCACAAAAAGAGUCAACAAAAGAAGAAGGGAAAGAGAAGAUAAAUAUUUGUUGAUAUUUUCUGUUAAACUUUAUAUUACUUUAUACAUACUUUAUAUUAUUACUGUAAUGUAAAUUCUAGACAAACGGCAUAAAAUAAAGGUUUAAAAAAUGUGAUUUAAAUUAA